GACGCCGAGCAACCGCUUCGUGUAGAAACAAAUGAUCAGUCUCGCGAGACAUGUUUUCCCGGUUACCUGGAGAAACGAGAGUUUGAUUCAAAGUAAACCCGGUGAAACGCAAGAGGGAUGUUUCAGCGAGAACUUCUGCUGCAGGGUGCUUCAGGUGAAUUUGUCAGGGAAAACCAGAUCAAAAAUGCCAUCACCUCAAGCCUUGCAGCCAGUCCUGAAGAUGAAGGUGGACGAGCUCUUCCUGAAUUGGUUGAGUGAGUCAAGCACUCAGGUGAUACUGAAAGACUACCUCAGAAAGAUCAAGAAUGGAGAUGAGCUUGAGUUCGGACAGGGGGACUCUCUUGUUGUCACGGAAAACAACAACAUUGCCUCAAAAAGUAAUGUAUCGGAGAGGACUUCUGCAUCACUCAGUGCUCCCUGUAGCCCUCCCUCAGCCACUCUGCCAUCUGGAAGUGGCAGCAAUAACAGAACAGGGCUGAACAGCAGGGCACUCCGGCGAUCCAUCAGUAUAAAAAAGGCUCAGGUUAAGAAAGAAGAGGUCGUUACACCAGCGUUAAGCGAAAGCAUUCCAAAGUUCUAUUUCCCUCGGGGACGGCCCAAAGCCAAUAUCAACAUUGACAAUCUCAUUUCCAAGAUAGAGAAAAUAUUUUCUCAAUUCCCCGAUGAAAGAGUGACUAUUGAGGACAUGGGGAAGGUUGCCAAGGCUUGUGAGUGUCCUCUCUAUUGGAAGGCUCCAUUGUUCUAUGCUGCUGGGGGAGACAGGAGGGGAUAUGUGUCCGUGCACAAGUUUGUGGCAAUGUGGAGAAAAGUGCUGCAGACCUGCCACGAUGAUGUGUCCAAAUUUCUUCACCUUCUGGCCAAGCCAGGCUGCCCUUAUUUGGAGCAAGAGGACUUUAUUCCAUUCCUACAGGAUGUGGUUGACUCACAUACAGGGCUUGCUUUUCUAAAAGAGGCAUCAGACUUUCACUCACGUUACAUUACCACGGUCAUUCAGAGAAUAUUUUAUAAUGUAAACCGUUCUUGGACAGGAAAAAUAACAUGUUCAGAACUCAGGAAAAGCAGUUUCCUUCAGAAUGUGGCCCUUCUGGAAGAGGAAGAUGAUGUUAACCAGCUGACGGAGUACUUCUCGUAUGAACAUUUCUAUGUCAUCUACUGUAAAUUCUGGGAGCUGGACACUGACCAUGAUCUGUACAUAGAUCAGAGGGACUUGGCAAGGCACAGUGAUCAAGCCAUCUCUCAAAGAAUGAUCGAGAGAAUCUUCUCAGGAACUGUUACAAGAGACGGGAAGGUCCAUAAAGAGGGCAGAUUAAGUUACGCUGACUUUGUGUGGUUCCUGAUCUCAGAGGAAGACAAAAAGACUGAGACCAGCAUAGAGUACUGGUUCCGGUGUAUGGACUUGGAUGGCGAUGGAGUCCUGUCCAUGUAUGAGCUGCAGUACUUCUAUCAAGAGCAGUGUCAGAAGCUAGAGACUAUGGCCAUUGAACCCCUCCCCUUUGAAGACUGCCUCUGCCAAAUGCUGGACUUGGUUAGGCCAGAAGUCCCAGGAAAAAUCACCCUCCGGGACUUGAAGAGGUGCAAGCUAGCUCAUAUAUUCUUUGACACUUUUUUCAAUAUUGAGAAAUAUCUGGAUCAUGAACAGAAGGAUCCCUUUAUGGUUGCAAAGGAUGCUGAGACUCUGGGGCAGGAGAUUUCGGACUGGGAGAGAUAUGCUGCAGAAGAGUACGACAUUUUGGUGGCUGAGGAAACCGCCAAUGAGCAGUACAAUGAUGGCUAUGAAAAUGCCUUGGACCCGAUUGACCACCACAUGUCCAGUGAGUUUGACCUGCGCAGUGAGAAGAGGCACUUGUUUGAUAUUCCCAAUCCACACUGUAACCUGGACCUGGAUGAGUACGAGUAUGUGGACGAUUUUGAAUGAAAGCCACCGUCGCACUGCAAAGAUCAAAACUGUCCAGAGAAAAGCCACCCCCGGCAGAGCACAGCAGUUUACAGGCUGACCGCACUAAAACCUCGUCAGCAGCCAUCAUCUAGACAGGACGUCAACAGAGCAUCUGCAGAAGCUCCCAAGUUGAUGCUUGUGCUCUAACUGGCCAAGAGCGUGUUCCAGGGUUAUAAGAUAUGAUAACAGCACUAUCCUGGUGAAACGCAUUUAGAGAGGAAAGGCUGUGCUAGUCCGGCAUAUCAGCCGAAUAGAAUCGCCGCCACAAACCCUGACUGCUAAUACAGCUAUAUAUGCAUGAUGGGCACUGAAUACGCACCAGGCCUGGCGAGUAACUGCACAGGAACCUAACGCCUGGUCUUUGAGAUACACUUGAAAUACUGAAUGUGCACUACAUGCAUAACAUUUUUUAACAUUUGAAUUGGCCAAUAUAACAUUCCAGAGAUUAACCAAAGUAAUUUUAAGCUUGAUUUCAUGGACAGUUUGUUUAUAAUUGAGCUGUGUUUUGGUGCCUAAAAUGCCUCAUACCCUCAUAGGACCUUCUAGAGAAAGAACUGUUUUAAAAAUAAUGAUCCUGUCAGCCUCUAACCUUUUCUGCUCCACAGAUGUGAAAGCUAUUUUAAAUUAUAGACAGUAUUUAUAAAUAGGUGUAUAUAUUGUGCUUGCUGUGUUUUUGUUCAAAGUGUUACGCUUACUUCAGAUAAAUGUUUUAAUCAUGUUAAUGUUUUGCUUUUUUGUUUUUCUAUAAAAGUACUAUAAACAAGGUACUUUGGGGGAAAAUGGAUAAAUUAACCCUUUUUAUGAGUUCAAAUAAAGUAGUAAGUCAGUACAUCGUGUC